UAUAGAUUUAUUACAAAGUCACCCAACAAUGGAAAAGGGUCUGAAUCUGAAGAUGGAAAAACAGAAGGGAGAGGAGCCGAAGCCGAAGCCGAAGCGGAAGGAGACGCCACCACCAGCCACCGCCGCCACUAUAUCACCGAUGGAGCCGUUAACCCACGAGGCUUACGGCGGUGGAAUGUACGGACACGAUGACGAUGAUGAUGGUCAGCCUCGACAACCAGCGGCGAAACCACGAGCCAGUGAGAGCCAGAGUGCUGAUGGCGCCGAUGAAUCCACUGAAGUCCGCCCCAACCACGCGACGCCUCCACCUUCCACCGGGGACAGAGACCUCGAUAUUACUGGGCAGUCAUAUAUUCAGUAAUAAAUAAAUAAAUGUAACUAUUAUUAUUUAGUCGUCUUGCAUGUUAGUUAAAAAUAUGUAAAUAUAUGUUUUAAUUUUAGCUUCUUUUUUCUUUUCUUUUUUCCUUUUAAUAUUUGUUUUAAAAGUUGGUAAUAUAUCUUUUAUUUACUUUUUUUUU